AUGGAUUUAUCGUCCAAAACUGUAUUUCUAGUUUCACCGCUCUUUCACUUGAGUUCAAAUCGGCAAGGUCAACAACAGGAUGCUUCUGAUUUAGAAAUGAGUUUGACGGGGGUUGUCUGCUCAGAGGAGACUUCUUACGUACACUCCAUUUUGAACAAUAAACUAUCGAAUUACUGUGAUGGGUGUUUGAAAAGCAUUCCUAAUCUUCGGUUGUGCUCUUCUUGCAAGUUAAUGCGUUAUUGUUCCCGCGACUGUCAGCUUCUUAUGUGGCGCGUGCACAGACGAGAAUGUAAACAGUAUAUUAAAUGUGGACGCCUACCGAUAGCCCCUGUCCGUGUUAUUUUAAGGAUUAUCAGUAUGCAGGACCAGAAAUGCCUUGUCGAUUCUCUUGUCUCACACGAAAACGAAAUACGCAAGAAUAUCGAUCUUAUGGAGAAGUAUCAUACAAUAAGACUAACCCUAUGGGACUUUUUGGGUGGGGAAGUGUUUGCAAAUGAAAAAACUAUUUUCCAAAUAUUUUGUAAAAUUCAAAUAAAUGGCUUCAUGAUCACUGAUCCAGAUGGUGUGGAUAUUGGGCCUGCACUUUUUUUAAGAGCUGCUCGUCUGGAUCAUUCUUGUGUCCCUGAGUUGCAGUACGUAUUUUCAAAUCGUCAACUUAUUCUAUGUAGAUAUGCUUCAUCUGUAUGCUCGGCACCACCCCAUAUUAGUUACUGUGAUUGUAUGACAACCACUGAAGAAAGACAAACGUAUCUGUCAAAUAACUAUUACUUCAAAUGUAAAUGCAGUUUAUGUGUAGAUAUCAACCGUGAGAAAAAGAUUACAUCACUCAUUUGUUGUUCGUCUGACUGUUUAAGCGGACCAAUACAAUUUGAGAAACUACCUCCGUCCGUUAAAUUGAAGGAAUGUAACAAUAAUAAACUAUCAAAGCCUAUUAUGGUCCGUUACUGUUUCGUAUGCCUCCAAGUCUACGAUGAUAAGCUAAUAAAUCGAAUUGCAGAUAAUCUGUAUGGCAAAACUGAAGCUCAUUCAGAUGUUGAUACUGCACUAGAUGCUCUAAUCAUGUAUUUACGUUGUUGUCAGAUUGAUGAACCUAUACAAAAUAUCCAAUUGAAAUCAGUUGAGGAUGUACAAUUUCAAGAAUCUUGUUCUUACUAUAAAUUAUUUGGUCAUAAAGACAGUUUAUACUUAGCACGAUGUUGUUCUCGUGUUCGAUUUAUACAUACAGUACCAUUGAGUUCAUUACUGGAUAAUUUGAGUGGUCGUAAUCAAUAUAAUAAAACGAACUUCAAAGUUUUUAAAGAUUCUCUCGUAAAUAUUGUAAUUGCUAGUGGUUUGAGUGAAUUCUACUGGAGAACAACUUGGUUGUUGUCAGAUCGUUUACAACUUGGUCGACUGGUUUAUUCAGUUACCUCUUUCCUAUUAUUACAUAUAAGUGAUACUAGUGAAUUUCGCAACUGUGACCGAAUGAAUAAAGUUAAAAAUUAUCUGAUACAUCCAUACAAUACGCACAAUAAUUUUGAUUGUCUAGGUCAUGUUUUAUGUAAAUUUUCAAGCAUAGCAUAUGAUGUAUUAAGUCCGCUAGCACCUUAUCAUCCUGAUUGGCAAAAAGGCAUGAGCAUAAUUAUGUAUUAUAAAGCUCAAGAUACUGAAUAUGUUGAUAUUAUGAAAAAAACCUGGGAUUGA